UUUGAGGUACGAGCUCACCUGCCUCCCUAAAUUUGGGAUUCUGCAUUGGCUGUCUGGACGAAUGUGGGAGAGGGAAGGGUUUGCCAUGCUUUGCCUCAGUGAAUGGGGAUUACUCAUUCACCAGGCUGAGCAAGUACUGCAACGUGAUACUACUAGACCAAAUGCAAACUAGCACAGUAAGAGAAUACAGUAUUGGGAACCUGCGAAGUCGGAAGGGAAGGGUGAAGAGAAGCAACAUCUAUUGGCAGCGACCCACAGAGGCUUCCGUUGCGAACCAGUCUGACCACGGGAUUGCCAAAGUGGCCGAGAAGGCUCCUUCUUCCAGCCAAGGUGUUCACUUCCAGUUCCUCUAAUCCGAUAGAGCGAUACUACCUGUUGACUAGAGAGCUACAGAACGGAAAUCAAACGAGGCAAGCGCCUUCACAGGGGCAUUCUAAGGACCUGAAAAGAGGAGGCGAGACGCGGAGUAAGGCGGGGGGGGAGCUAUAUCAGAUAUUAUCGCCAAGCACGCCGCCAACCACAGAAGCCAGAAUCAGCUCGGGCGCCCCGGGACCUGGCUGCGGCGCGUACGCGCGUGCAACCGCAGCCAGAGAGCGCGUCGGAGAAAGAGGUGGGGAGAGACUCGGCGGUGUCUCGCUGACAGUCCCGCCUGUCCGGACUCUCCAGUCCCAGCAUGCAACGCGUCAUAGUUUGAAUGGCGCUGCUGGCUACGGCGAGUGGGCCGCGGUGCUAAGACGCCGCCGCCGCCAGUUCGACGGCUUGCAGCCCAGGCCCAGGCAGCGGUGGAGCCCCUGGCGCGCUGGACCAUGAGCAGCAGCAGGAAUUGUGGAGAUUAUGGCAUCUGAAGCUCAAAAUGUUAGAAAACGGAACCUGUUAUGUAUUGAGGGCCAGCCUGUUGAUCUCUCUAGGAAGAGGAGCUCUCAUUCCCUUAAUGAGAAUAUGAAGGAGGGUAAGAAAUCUGCAAAACAUUUGGCUUCUUGCACAAGCAGAACAACAGUUGGACAAACUGUAACCAGCCCCCAUCCUCUGUUCAGAGUAGUAUAUAGUAGAAGAAAAGCUCACCAUUAUUCUCCAAAGCCUUGUUUCAGAAAGAAACAGCUCCCUAAAGUUAGAGGCUGUGACAUGGCAAAUAAGGAGAAUGAACUAGCCUGUGCGGGUAAUCUGCCAGCCAAAUUGCCUCCUGAUGGUCGUACUUUCUUACUGAACUCCAGUGAUGCUGGCCGUUCUCAAACAGAGAGUCCUUCCUCAAAAUACAGUGGGUUUUUUUCAGAGGUUUCUGAAGAUCAUGAAACAAUGGCCCAAGUUCUCUUCAGUAGAAAUCUCCGGCUGAAUGUAGCUUUAACCUUCUGGAAGAGGAGAAGUAUAAGUGAACUUGUAGCCUACUUAGUGAGGAUACAAGAUCUGGGAGUAGUUGUAGAUUGUCUCCCUGUCCUUACCAGCAGUUUACAGGAAGAAAAACCUUAUAUUUCUGUUGGUUGCUGUGUAGACCUUCUACCAUUAGUAAAAUUAAUCCUUAAAAGCAAAUUUGAAGAAUAUGUAAUUGUUGGUUUAAAUUGGCUUCAGGCUGUGAUUAAAAGAUGGUGGUCAGAACUUUCUGUUCAUACAGAAAAGAUAGAUGAUGGGAUGUGGAAUCUUAUUUGUUACAGUUGCACUGAUAUUCCUGGAGGACAAAAUUGUGUGUGCACUAAUGUGCUUAAAAGAAACUUUCAAGUAAUAGUAAGAAAGGUACUCUUUCCAAAAUAAUUCCUCUUCUGAGGACUGUCUUUGACAGAAGAAGGCUGGACCAUUGGACUAUUUAAUGCAAACACUAAAUAUCCAUCUGCUUCACAUUGAAGUGGAAAAAAUUCUAACAGGAGCAACUUUUACUUCAGUGAGGUGAAAGUGCACUAUGAAAACUGUAUGUAUGCCUUUGGUGCAUUUGGGGGAUAUUUUCAGUUACCUGGUGAAAUUGUGAAAGUGUUUCUUCUACAUAAUUGUAUAAUACAACAACACCUAAUUGUGAAGACAGAAUGAAAACCAUUACUAGGAACCACAAAAGACCAUUUGCCAUAAAUAUUUUUUAAACCAUGUUUUUCUUAUGAACUGUAAAAAUGUAUUUUCAAAUAUGUUACAGAUUUUGGCAGUUUUGAUGUAUUGAAUUUCUGAAAUGUGUCUGCUAUAUUAAUCAAAAUAUUAAAGACUAUUUUUGUUGCA